GCUGCCCGCGGCGCUGGCUGUGGAGAUGGGAGCGUUGGGCUGCGUCGUGCGCGCGACUGCGCUGCUGCUGCUGUGGGGGGCGCUGGCAGGGAUCCUCCUGCCGCCGCCCGCGCGGGCCGCCGCCGCCAUCUCGCCGAAAUGCUACUUGUAUAGUAUGCUUGGAUGUCCAAAGAACUUUAACCCGGUUUGUGGGACUGAUGGGCACACAUAUCCAAAUGAGUGUGCACUUUGCCUUUCAAACAGGGAAAAUAGGAAGAAUGUCAAAAUUAGCUGGAAGGGAUCCUGCUAAUAUGGUGGUGGUAUUCUUUGGCUUUCAUCUGUUCCAUAUUCUUCAAUCUGAAGAGGAAACAGUGUCUUAAAUUUGCCUUCUAAGUAGUUUUAGACUAAUUAAAUAAAAUGCCUAUUUUGCUCUUUUACCACUUUUGAAUACACCUAAUACUAUUAUUUUAUUAAAAUAGUAGUCAUGUUUAUGAA